AACGUUUACAAACCGUGGGCGGAAGUGAUUUCGCACCUCGCUUGGUUUCGUUAUUUCGUUAUGAUUUCGUCGUAGUUAUGCACGGUUGCGUACGGCCAAACGUACUCACACCUGUCGGAAGCUGAAGUACAGUAUAUUCCGGAAACUCAUCAUGAACCCUCCCUUGUACAAUCCCAGUAUUCCUUAUGUGGGGCCCGUUCCUGGUGGCGUUCUCAGCGUGGGAGCUUUGCUUCGAGUUCAAGGAACUCCUCAUGCUACGGCGAGAUGCUUCGCCAUCAACCUCCAGUGCGGUCCCAACAUGCACCCGCGGGACGACAUAGCGUUGCACCUGAGUCCCGUGUUCUCGCCGCCGCCCCGGGUGGUGCGCAACUCGAUCCAGCAGCAGCAGUGGGGCCCCGAGGAGUCCCACGGCGACCCCUUCCCAUUGGUGGCGGGCCAACCCUUCGAGAUACUCGUCCUGGUCGAACACGACCACUACAAGAUUGCCAUCAACGGUGCCCACUAUGCGGAGUUUCGGCAUCGGCUUCCCGUCCACCGGGUCACGCACGUCGCCAUCGACGGCGAGGUCUCUGUUGGCAUGCUUCACUUCGAGGGCUCCGUCCAGUCUUCGGCACCACCACCUGGACCUUUGUAUCCACCGCUGGGCGGUGACACGGCUAUGCCGAUGCCAAUGCCCGUCCCGGUGUCGGGCCGGGUUUCGCCGUAUGGGAACUUAGGGCAUGGUGCCCAGUAUCCACCAGCGCAGCCGUACCCCGCACAGCCGUAUCCAUCCCAGCCCGGUUACCCCGCAGGGGGCUACCCCGGGGGCGGGUACCCUGGAGGCGGGUACCCUGGGGGAGCAUAUCCGGCCGGUCAGUAUCCACCACCAGGAGCGGCGUAUCCGGGACAGGCUGUCGGGACACAAUUUGUGCCGCAUCCGGGGGACCCGCACAAGCAGCACUCCGGGCUCGGUAUGGGAACCGGCUUGGGGGCCGGAUUGGCGGCUGGAGCAGCAGCCUUAGCCGGUGGCUCUCUUCUUAAGCACGGGAUGGGGGGCCAUAGGUCAGGUCUGGGCUCGGCGGUGACCGGAGCAGCUCUUUCCUCGGUACUCCACCCCAAGUCCCACGGCGGGUACCCCAAGCACAAGUCGAGCCUGCCGAUCCCGAUCAGCGGCAACCUUGGCAAGGGAUUGGCCGUCGGCGCUGGAGCUCUUGCGGGCGCUGCCUUGCUCAAAAAGGUUAAUCCCCUCAAGCCCAAGAAAAUGUUCAAGCACAAACACAAGCACGGCUGGAAAGGCUGGAGUAGCAGCAGCAGUUCCAGUUCUAGCGAAGAGGAGUAAACCCCUUUCCCCCCGAAAUGCCGAGUAAUCCACGUCGCAGCCUCUUUUUCCAGGUUCAUCGCUCAUUUGCAACUCCUCGACUCUGGGUCAUGUGCAUUUAAAGCACGGCAACGCUAUGCACAGUCUACGCAGUAUGUUAUCAUGAAAUCCGAGGAAAUGGAGUGAAAAUCUGAGUACAAGCUGAUCACUUAAAACGAAAGCUAUCUUGCAUCUUUUGCUUCAGGCAUGCAGAAGAAUAUGCUGUUGCAUGCACAAUGCGUUUUAUCCCGGUGUUGUAUAUAUUUUCUGGUCUGGCUCUUUCAUGUAUACGUUUUGCUACUGUUUUACUCGUUACUAUUUAACCGCCCAACUGGUUCUUCCUGAACAUGUAGAAAGAAGACACGACCUUAGAGAAGAAAAUUGCGCUCUUUCCCUAGCCAAAUGCAAACUUGUGCAUAGAUUGGAAAGGAACAUAGAUACAGCCUUGGCAGGACAGUGCAAGGGGGAAAAUGGCACGCACGGGAAAAGCCAUGGUGGAAAGAAGGUCACUCUUCUCCACUUCAGUUUUCCAUCUUCACAGUCUUUCUUAGGUUGUAUCUGACUACUGAUGUCUGCUCUGCAUCUAGUCGCCAGUACGAUGCUUCCAGGAGCUUGCAAUGUCUGCUAAUGCCACUACACAACUGCGAGCUUUAAAUGGCUCUUUAAAUGGAUAUUUAUACGGGUCUUCCUCUCGACUCUCCUAAGUCACAUUUCGUUUUCAUUAUAGGUUGUUUUGGGAGCAUCAUUGUGUACUGUAUUACAAUAAAGAGCAUGUUUUGUAUUCUGCAAA